CUCCGAGUUCUUCCGGUUAAGUGUCACGUGAUAACGUCGCCUCUGUCGGGGUGGUUAGGAUUUCCCCUCUUCUGAACAAAAAUAUUCGAUAUUUAGGACCAUUUAAAACGGAUUAAUCAGUGAAUUUAGAUGCCAUAAACAUGGCGAACGAAUACGAUUAUGACGAUGAUUACAUGCAAGGUGAAGAUGAGUGGGAUCGUGAACAACUUUUAGAUCCAGCUUGGGAAAAACAACAGAAAAAGACAUUCACAGCAUGGUGCAACUCACAUUUAAGGAAAGCUGGAACACAAAUAGAAAAUAUAGAAGAGGACUUUCGAAAUGGCUUGAAGUUGAUGUUAUUACUUGAAGUAAUUUCCGGUGAACAACUGCCCAAACCCGACAGAGGCCGUAUGAGAUUCCAUAAAAUAGCCAAUGUGAACAAAGCCCUAGACUUUAUUGCUGGAAAAGGAGUUAAAUUGGUUUCUAUUGGUGCAGAAGAAAUUGUUGAUGGAAAUGUUAAAAUGACACUGGGUAUGAUAUGGACCAUUAUCCUAAGGUUUGCCAUCCAAGACAUUACAGUUGAAGAACUGACAGCUAAGGAAGGCUUGUUGUUAUGGUGCCAGAGAAAGACAGCUCCAUACAAAAAUGUUAAUGUGCAGAACUUUCAUCUUAGCUGGAAGGAUGGUUUGGCCUUCUGUGCUUUGAUACAUCGCCAUAGACCAGAACUCCUAGACUUCUACAAACUUUCGAGGGACAAUCCAUUGGAGAACUUGAACACAGCUUUCGAUGUUGCCGAGAAACAUUUGGAUAUCCCACGCAUGUUGGACCCAGAAGAUAUGGUUAACUCAGUCAAACCAGAUGAGAGAUCAGUUAUGGCCUACGUCUCUUCAUACUACCACGCUUUCUCAGGGGCACAACAGGCUGAAACAGCUGCUAACAGAAUCUGUAAAGUGCUGAAAGUGAACCAGGAGAAUGAGAGAUUGAUGGAAGAAUAUGAAAGACUGGCCAGUGAUUUAUUGGCAUGGAUCAAGAAAACAACACCCUGGUUGGAGAACAGAACCACAGACAAUACUUUACCCGGCACACAACGAAAGCUUGAUGAAUUCAGAGAUUACAGACGUAAACAGAAGCCCCCUAAGCUUGAAGACAAGGCCAAACUGGAAAAUAGUUUCAAUACUCUCCAAACACGACUCAGACUUAGUAACAGACCAGCAUAUCUUCCAACUGAAGGAAAAAUGGUCUCCGACAUAGCAAAUGCCUGGAAAGGUUUGGAAUUUGCAGAAAAAGGCUUUGAGGAAUGGCUACUUUCAGAAUUACAAAGAUUGGAGAGAUUAGAUCAUCUUGCACAGAAGUUCCGUCACCGUUGCGAGAUCCAUGAGGACUGGGCCGAGGGUAAGGAAGACAUGUUACAGAGUCAAGACUUCAAGAGAUGUAGACUUAAUGAUGUUAAGGCAAUGAAGAAGAAGCAUGAAGCGUUUGAGAGUGAUCUAGCAGCACAUCAAGACAGAGUAGAACAAAUAGCAGCCAUAGCACAGGAACUUAAUGCUUUAGAAUAUCAUGAUAUAAUAGCUGUUAACAAACGUUGUCAACUUAUCUGUGAACAAUGGGACAGACUUGGAACCCUCACUGCAACAAGGAGGGUAGCCUUAGAUGAAGCUGAAAAUAUAUUAGAAAAGAUAGAUUCACUUCACCUUGAGUUUGCUAAACGAGCAGCACCUUUCAAUAACUGGCUGGAUGGAGCCAAGGAAGAUCUGUUAGACAUGUUUAUUGUACACACAACUGAAGAAAUUCAGGAAUUGUUUGAGGCACAUGAACAGUUCAAGUCAACACUUCCAGAAGCAGACAAAGAAUUCAAUGCUAUUAUGCGUCUUGCCCAGCAAGCACAAUCUCUCUCGUCUUCUAUUGGCAUCAGCAACCCAGAGAAUCCAUACACUACCGUUGAUCCUAAGGAUAUCUCUAACAAAUGGGGAGAUGUUAAACAGCUGGUGCCACAGAGAGAUGGUGUUCUCUCAGGAGAGAUGGCCAAACAGCAAAAGAACGAACGUUUGCGACGUGAAUUUGCUCAAAAGGCUAACGUUGUUGGUCCCUGGAUCGAGACACAGCUUGAUGCCGUAGCAUCAAUCACCAUACAACUGAAGGCAUCUCUAGAAGAUCAGUUGAACAAACUUCACCAUUACGAGAAAUCUGUGCAGCAAUAUAAACCUCAUAUGGAUGACUUAGAAACUAUCAACCAGGAAGUACAGGAAGCAAUGAUCUUUGAGAACAGAUAUACACACUACACAAUGGAGACAUUGAGAGUAGGUUGGGAACAGUUGUUGACAGCCAUAGCCAGAAACAUAAAUGAAGUUGAAAACCAGAUCUUGACUCGUGACUCUAAGGGUAUAAGUGAAGACCAGAUGAAUGAGUUCCGUGCCUCAUUUAACCACUUUGACAAGAACAGGACUCGUAGAUUGGAGCCAAAGGAAUUUAAGGCGUGUCUUGUCAGUUUAGGUUACAAUAUCAGAGAAGAUAGACAGGGUGAUGCAGACUUCCAGAGAAUCAUGUCUAUAGUAGAUCCUAACCACAGUGGCUACGUAACGUUCGAGAGUUUCCUUGACUUCAUGACUAGAGAAACAGCAGACACCGACACUGCUGAACAAGUCAUGCAGUCUUUCAAGAUCCUUGCAGCAGAUAAGCCUUUUAUCACAGCACAGAUAUUAAGACAAGAGUUGCCUCCAGAUCAAGCUGAGUACUGUAUACAGAGAAUGGCCCCAUACAGUGGACGUGAUGCUGUACCUGGUGCUCUAGAUUACAUGAGCUUCUCUACAGCACUGUAUGGUGAGAGUGACUUGUGAGAAUGUUAAACUACUAUAGUGCCAUUCACAUUGUCAAAUUUGGUCCCAGGUGAUCACUUGUCGUCUGUAAUUGCUUCUGUAGCAUAGGAAGAGCUGGAGUUCUCCCCCUUUGGACCUGUCCUUCAUGCAUAUCAUGUGACCUGAUUGGUGUGUUGUUUCAAAAACUUUUUUAAAAAAGGAGUGAUGUGAUGAUAAGAUAUGCGAGAUGACCUUUAACCUGAGAUGUUGGCCAAUGGAAAAGGAAAUUAUAAACAUUUUGGGAUUACAAACAAAAGAUACAUAAAGGAUUUAAUGAUUGUAUUACACCCAUCAUAUAACAUGUUAAACUUCAUAAAGAUACAUGAUAAAGUAAGGUUUUUUAAAGACAGAACAGGCAUCUAUAUUGCAGAAGUGUUUACAGGGAGUUAAAGGCACACCACAUAUAGUCAUGUUGUGGAGUAAAACAGACAUCUAUGCAUGGAUUGGUACUUUACAUCAUUGUAUAUUUGAUUGUAACCUUCCAAACCAGUUUUAACCUCAUGUUUUUGUUAAACCAUCAACAUGUAUUAUGAGAAAAAAAAACCUAUAUAAUACAGCUCUAUACGUUAUAUGUAAUUUGUUAUAAUAGGAAUUUUUUAUAUAAAUUCACUCACUGGCAGGACUUGCUACAAUACCCCAGUAUAGAAAUGGUUUGACCUGUCUCACCCACUCUGCUUGAACUUUUUCUAUAUCUGAUCAGAGGGCAUUUUAUAAUAAUAUUCAAGAUUGGACUGUCAGUGGGUUGGUUUUGGUGUUUUUAUUUAAUGAGAGAUAAAAUUUGUAUCAAUUCUGGAGGCUGUUUCUUUGGGGAUUUCUUUUUUACCAUCUGUGCUAUAAGGCGAUAUAAUUACAUACAUACAUACAUACAUACAAACCAAUGGAACUGUUCCAGCUUUGGUAAAAAUGUUAUUUCUUGGUAAUAACUUAUCGGCGACUUGUAAUCAAUCCUCGAUUUUUCAAACAGUAUAUUACAAUUUUUAUUAGUUCAAUAGCUUACAUAUAUACUGCUUUUAUGAUUAAAUAAUGAAGUUAGUAUUUAGUUAUUUUCAAUUUGUUGUAAGAUAUUCACUCUGUAUAUAAUUUAUAUGAAGCACUGCCGCUAUGUAGCUUUUAUAAUAUAGGUUAAUAAUAGGUCUUUUAUUUCUAAUCUACUUCAGAUUCUAUAUAAGCAAUUCUAUGAACGAGACAAGAUAUCUGUGCAAUUUGGCAAUACAAACUGCAUUUGUAUGAAUAUAUACUGACCUUUGAUGUACGUUAUAGCAGGCUAUGUUCAUGUAACUAAAUUAAAAUCAAAAUUUCACUUGUUCUGUUGUUUAAUCGAAAUAGUUUUUCCGCAUUUAAUUAUUCUUAUACUGACUUUAUUGUUGAUCUGACUUGUUCAUCAGGCAUUUAUAUCUUUGCUUGAAAUUCUUGACAACUUCUGUGGGGCUUGGAGUUUAGUGUUGAACCUUUAUAUCAUUUUAAUAGAGUGUAAUCUUCAUCUACCUAACACCACUGUUUAUGAUAGGGAUGUUUUUAAGGGUGUAUUUACUUUGCUGUAUUAGUUUAUUUUUACAAUAGUUAAAUUCUUAUUUUUAACAACUGUUGGCUCGUGUGAUACUAUAGUCCAAACAUUAAUCUCUUUAACAUAAUAACCAAAAAAAAAGUUCUGUGCACAGAGUAUGUGUAUGUGUUCCUACAGAUUGAUUGUAAUGGUACAGCUACCAGACUAGAGCUUGUGACAACAUCGUAGCUCACAGAUCAUGAAUAUGUGCACUGUUAAAUAUGUCAUAUUAUUGUACCAUCGUAGAAGAAAGCGGGACUCGAUAUUAUAAAAGUUUGCUACCUAUACCGUUUAACAGUCUGUGGUAAGAUACACACAUGUUCGGAACUUUUAAAACACAUACCCCUUUAACGAUAAAACAACACUCUAAGCCAAAAUGAAAUAUUUUUUAAAGAAAAAAGUGCCUCGAUACAGCCUGCAUUGUCUUGUAUUGUACUAUUGAUCUAUAUGGUAUUAUAAUCAAAAAAUGGUAGAUACUAUUUUUAUGACUGUAUUUUAUAGGUAAACAUUUUAACAUUACUCUGUCGUCAUCAUUUCCUCUCAUUGAUAAGGCUGCUGAUGAUUGUCAUGUUAACAUUACUUUUUUUUUUGCUUAUGCUAAUAAAUACAUAGGUACCCAUUAGCCUAUUUUAUAUAUGAAUGAAAGAAGUCAUGACUUAACCAGUAAUUUAAAUUGGAAUAAAAUGAAAUAAAAAACAUAAAAGUGUA